AUGGCCAGGCUAAUGCCGGCGCAGAUCCUCCUGCCGGCGCCGAAGGGGAUGACCUCGAAGUUGUUCCCCCUGACGUCGAUGUGGGCAUGCUCGCCGCCGGGGAGGAACCGGGAGGGCCGGAACUCGAGCGGGUCUCCCCACACGGCGGGGUCCCGGCUGAUGGCCCACACGUUCACGAGGAGGGUGGCGCCCUUGGGGACGUGGUAG